CCCGGCAGCCCUAGCGCCCGCCCCGGCGCUCCUCAAGAUGGCGGCCGAUAGUGAGCCCGAGUCCGAGGUGUUUGAGAUCACGGACUUCACCACUGCCUCGGAAUGGGAAAGGUUUAUUUCCAAAGUUGAAGAAGUCUUGAAUGACUGGAAACUGAUUGGAAACUCUUUGGGAAAGCCGCUUGAAAAGGGUGUAUUUACUUCUGGCACAUGGGAAGAGAAAUCAGAUGAAAUUUCCUUUGCUGACUUCAAGUUCUCAGUCACUCAUCAUUAUCUUGUACAAGAAUCCGCUGAUAAAGAAGGAAAGGAUGAAGUAUUAGAAGAUGUUAUUCCACAAGCUAUGCAAGAUUUGCUGUGUAUGAAUAAUGACUUUCCUCCAAGAGCACAUUGCCUGGUAAGAUGGUAUGGACUGCGAGAGUUCGUGGUGAUUGCCCCUGCUGCAAACAAGGAUGUUGUUCUCAGUGAAUCUAAAUGCAAUCUUCUUCUGAGUUCUGUGUCUAUUGCUUUGGGAAACACUGGCUGCCAGGUACCACUCUUUGUGCAAAUUCAUCACAAAUGGCGAAGAAUGUAUGUGGGAGAAUGUCAGGGUCCUGGUGUCCGAACUGAUUUUGAAAUGGUUCAUCUUCGAAAAGUGCCAAAUCAGUACACUCAUUUAUCAGGUCUGCUGGAUAUCUUCAAAUCAAAGAUUGGAUGUCCUUUAACUCCAUUGCCUCCAGUUAGUAUUGCUAUUCGAUUUACCUAUGUACUUCAGGAUUGGCAGCAGUAUUUUUGGCCUCAGCAGCCUCCAGAUAUAGAUGCUCUUGUAGGAGGAGAAGUUGGAGGCCUGGAGUUUGGCAAGUUACCAUUUGGUGCCUGUGAAGAUCCUAUUAGUGAACUCCAUUUAGCAACUACAUGGCCUCAUCUGACUGAAGGUAUCAUUGUGGAUAAUGAUGUUUAUUCUGAUUUGGAUCCUCUUCAGGCUCCCCAUUGGUCUGUUAGAGUUCGAAAAGCUGAUAAUCCUCAGUGUUUGCUAGGUGAUUUUGUCACUGAAUUUUUUAAAAUUUGCCGUCGAAAGGAGUCAACUGACGAGAUUCUUGGACGAUCUACAUUUGAGGAAGAAGGGAGAGAAAUUGCUGAUAUAAGUCAUGCUUUGUCAAAGUUGACAGAGCCAGCACCAGUUCCAAUUCAUAAAUUAUCAGUUUCAAAUAUGGUACACACUGCAAAGAAGAAAAUACGAAAACACAGAGGUGUAGAAGAAUCACCACUGAAUAAUGAUGUCCUCAAUACUAUUCUCUUGUUUUUAUUCCCUGAUGCUGCUUCUGAGAAACCAUUAGAUGGAACUUCUUCAACAGACAACAAUAAUCCUCCAUCAGAGAGUGAAGAAUAUAAUCUCUACAAUCAGUUCAAAUCUGCACCAUCUGAUAGUUUAACAUACAAAUUGGCUUUGUGUCUUUGUAUGAUCAAUUUCUACCACGGAGGAUUGAAAGGAGUGGCACAUCUCUGGCAGGAAUUUGUUCUUGAAAUGCGUUUCAGAUGGGAAAACAACUUUCUGAUUCCAGGAUUAGCAAGUGGACCUCCAGAUCUAAGAUGUUGUUUACUGCAUCAGAAACUACAGAUGUUAAAUUGUUGUAUUGAAAGAAAGAAGGCACGUGAUGAGGGGAGAAAGACAAGUACUUCAGAUAAUGUAACUAAUACAUAUCCAGGGGAUGCUGGAAGAGCUGGAGACCAGCUGGGGCCAGAUAAUCUAAAAGGUACGGAAAAGGAAAAGGGAGAGGUGGGAAAAUCUUGGGAUUCUUGGAGUGACAGCGAAGAAGAAUUUUUUGAAUGCCUAAGUGAUACUGAAGAACUUAAGGGAAAUGGACAAGAGAGUGGCAAGAAAGGAGGACCUAAGGAGAUGGCAAAUUUAAAGCCAGAAGGACGACUCUGUCAGCAUGGGAAACUUACACUGCUACAUAAUGGAGAACCUCUCUACAUUCCAGUAACCCAGGAACCAGCACCUAUGACAGAAGAUCUGCUAGAAGAGCAGUCGGAGGUUCUAGCUAAAUUAGGUACAUCAGCAGAAGGGGCUCACCUCCGAGCACGCAUGCAGAGUGCCUGUCUGCUCUCAGAUAUGGAGUCUUUUAAGGCAGCUAAUCCAGGUUGUUUUCUGGAAGAUUUUGUGAGGUGGUAUUCACCCCGGGAUUAUAUUGAAGAGGAAGUAAUUGAUGAAAAAGGCAACAUGGUUCUGAAAGGAGAACUGAGUGCCCGAAUGAAGAUUCCGAGCAAUAUGUGGGUAGAAGCUUGGGAAACAGCUAAGCCAAUUCCUGCUAGAAGGCAGAGGAGACUCUUUGAUGAUACACGGGAAGCAGAAAAGGUACUGCACUAUCUAGCAGUCCAGAAACCUGCAGACCUUGCUCGACACCUGUUACCUUGUGUAAUUCAUGCAGCGGUACUCAAGGUAAAAGAAGAAGAAAGUCUGGAAAACAUUUCUUCAGUUAAGAAGAUUAUAAAGCAGAUAAUAUCCCAUUCCAGUAAAGUUUUACACUUCCCUAAUCCAGAAGACAAGAAAUUGGAAGAAAUCAUCCAUCAAAUUACUAAUGUGGAAGCUAUGAUUGCUAGAGCCCGCUCACUGAAAGCCAAGUUUGGAACUGAGAAAUGUGAACAAGAGGAGGAAAAGGAAGAUCUUGAAAGGUUUGUGAGUUGCCUUUUGGAGCAACCUGAAGUGUUAGUCGUUGGUGCAGGAAGAGGACAUGCUGGCAAGAUCAUUCACAAGCUGUUUAUGAAUGCUCAAAGGCUGACUGAAUCUUCUGAUGAGGCUGCAGGCAUGGCUCCGCCAGAGGAGGAACUGAAGAGAAUGGGCUCCCCGGAAGAAAGAAGGCAGAACUCCAUGUCAGACUUCCCACCCCCUGCUGGCCGGGAACUCAUUUUGCGCAGCACUGUGCCACGGCCUGCUCCCUACUCCCGAGCUCUGCCACAGCGCAUGUAUAGUGUUCUUACCAAAGAGGAUUUCAGACUUGCAGGUGCCUUUUCAUCAGAUACCUCCUUCUUCUGAUUCUUCUAGAGUUACCCCAUCUGUGGUUUCAGAGACAGUGCUGACCCCUUCUGUGGGAAGGGGGUUCUGCAAGUCAGAACCCGAGAGGCCAGGAAGAGGCCCUGUCCAGCUGAAUAAUCAAGAAUUAUACCAGCAUCUGAAAAACUUUCUGGCACCAAGCUUGGGCCCUGUUGUAUCUUGGUCGGGGCAGAGGGAAUGGGCUUGAGCUAUUGAAAGAUUUCUGCCCCAAAGAGAUGGCCCUUGUUUGGGGUAAAUGGGGGACACCAAGAAACGGCAGGAGCUCUCUGUACUCACUGUGGUGGGACUGUGUUCAUUUAUUCUUUUCUGUGACUAUCCUUUAGGCUAUUGCCUUGCAUUCAAAGUCUGUGUAAACACUUGUUAUAUUCAUUAGUAUCAAGUAUGCAAAAUAGAGUAUCUGUUAACUCAGAUUUCUGGAUAUUUUGGUGGUAGCUUCUAUUCCCAGAAUCUGUGUUUUUAAAAUACUAAAUGACAUUCUGUUUAUUCAGUCACCCAGUAGCCAUCUUUAUUCCACUAAUUAACUUUUGAUGAGCAUUUUGAAUAUUCUAGGAGAAAGCCUAGAAUUUCACAUAGUUUGUGUUUUUCCAUGUAACUGUGACCUAAAUGUAUCCCUUCUGAUAAAAGUGUAUAUUAAAUGUCACUGCAAAUUAGUUUUAUAUCUAUCUUGUAAGGUUUGUUUCUCUUACUUGUUUUGUUUUUGGUUGUCACGUAAGAUAACAACCCGCAAAGUGUUGUUUUCUUCUUUUGCUGUACAGCAUGCAUUCUUUUUUUUGCUGGAUGGAUACUGUAUUUAAUGAGGUAGAGAUGAGCACAUGCUAAAAAUAUAGUCUUGGUACACAGAGAUUAUCAUGCAGUUAGUAUAAUUUGGUAUAUGUGCUAAUGUAAUGAGUAGAAGAUUUUUUCAUUGAACUGUUUUGCUUUUGUAUUUUAGUUAAAAUGAAAAUAAUUGAUGGGGAUGUGUAGCACCAAGGAUAAGAAAUAACAGCAUAUUUCAAGUUAUGUGAUGAUCAAGAUUUAUUAAGUCUGUGUUGCUGUAUGGCCUCUGUUCGGUAAUCUUAAAUCUAUUUUUAGGCCUAAAAUUUCCACUUUAAUCCAAAGUAAAAAAUGGUUAUAACGAAGCAUAGAUCCUGCCUAUGUAAAUUUAAAGAAUUAAUAGAGCUGUGUAAACCCUGUUAUAUUAUUUUUGUAAAAAAAAAAUAUCUGUGUGUAUGUAUAUAUGUGUAUGUAGGAACACACAUAUAUAUAUGUAUACAUGAAGUAGGGAAGGCCCCGGCUGAUUAGCUCCUGGCCUUCACAGUGCUUUUCUCUGAGAUGCUGGACUUGACUGCUGCUGCUAAGCCACACAGAUGCAGGCCUGAGGACUGGGCGCUGUACCAGGUUUUCAUCUUUCAGGGACGCAGGUUGUCUGCUUUCUGAUGAGGAAGUUAAUAACGAAACAUUUUACAAAGAGAGGUUGGACUUUAAAAAGGUGUUGUGAAUCUAAUAAAAAGGAAAGUGUUGCUUUCUGUGGU